CCUGCUGGACUGCUCUUGUCAUGCAGAAGGGGCUGGGCAUCGGGCCCUCCAGCCCUGGCAUGAAGAGCCCCAGGCCCCUCCUUCUGCUGCCACUGCUGGUGCUGCUGGGAGCGGGGUUGCCAGGAGCCUGGGGUCAGGCUGGAAGCCUGGACCUGCAGAUUGAUGAGGAGCAGCCAGCAGGCACACUGAUCGGGGACAUCAGUGCAGGGCUUCCAGCAGGCAUGGCAGCUCCUCCUAUGUACUUCAUCUCUGCCCAGGAGGGCAGCGGUGUAGGCACAGACCUGGCCAUCGAUGAACACAGUGGGGUUGUCCGUACGGCCCGUGUAUUAGACCGUGAGCGGCGGGACCGCUACCGCUUCACAGCAGUCACCCCAGAUGGAGCCACCGUGGAAGUCACAGUUCGAGUGGCUGACAUCAAUGACCACGCACCUGCCUUCCCACAGGCUCGAGCUGCCCUGCAGAUACCUGAACAUACAGCUCUUGGCACCCGCUACCCACUGGAGCCUGCUCGUGAUGCCGAUGCUGGCCGCCUAGGAACCCAGGGCUAUUCGCUAUCUGGUGAUGGGGCUGGAGAGACCUUCCGGUUGGAGACACGUCCUGGUCCUGAUGGGGCCCCAGUACCUGAGCUAGUAGUUACUGGGGAGCUGGACCGGGAGAACCGCUCACACUACAUGUUACAGCUGGAGGCCUAUGAUGGUGGCUCUCCUCCACGGAGGGCCCAAGCCCUGUUGGAUGUGACACUGCUGGACAUCAAUGACCAUGCCCCAUCUUUUAAUCAGAGCCGUUACCAUGCUGUAGUGUCGGAGAGCCUGGCCCCAGGAAGUCCUGUCUUGCAGGUGUUUGCAUCUGAUGCUGAUGCUGGUGCCAAUGGGGCUGUGACUUACGAGAUCAACCGAAGGCAGAGUGAGGGUGAUGGACCUUUCUCCAUUGAUGCACACACAGGGUUACUGCGACUAGAGAGGCCACUGGACUUUGAGCAACGGCGGGUCCAUGAACUGGUGGUGCAGGCACGGGAUGGUGGAGCUCACCCAGAGCUGGGCUCAGCCUUUGUGACUGUGCAUGUGCGAGAUGCCAAUGACAAUCAACCCUCCAUGACUGUCAUCUUCCUGAGUGCAGAUGGUUCUCCCCGAGUGUCUGAGGCUGCACCACCUGGACAGCUGGUUGCUCGCAUCUCUGUGUCAGACCCAGAUGAUGGUGACUUUGCUCAUGUAAAUGUGUCCUUGGAAGGUGGCGAAGGCCACUUUGCCCUUAGCACCCAAGACAGCGUCAUCUACCUGGUAUGUGUGGCUCGGCGACUCGACCGGGAGGAGAGAGAUGCCUAUAACUUGCGGGUUACAGCCACAGACUCCGGCUCACCCCCACUGAGGGCUGAAGCUGCCUUUGUGCUGCAUGUCACAGAUGUCAAUGACAACGCUCCUGCCUUCGACCGUCAGCUCUACCGGCCCGAAGCCUUGCCUGAAGUUGCACUGCCUGGCAGCUUUGUCGUACGGGUGACAGCCCAGGAUCCUGACCAAGGUUCCAACGGUCAAGUGACCUAUAGCUUGGCUCCUGGCACCCACACUCACUGGUUCUCCAUCGAUCCAACUUCAGGCAUCGUCACCACUGCUGCCUCACUGGACUAUGAGUUGGAACCUCAGCCACAGCUUAUUGUGGUGGCCACGGAUGGGGGCCUUCCCCCUUUAGCCUCCUCUGCCACAGUUAGUGUGGCCCUGCAAGAUGUGAAUGAUAAUGAGCCCCAGUUCCAGAGAACUUUCUACAAUGCCUCACUGCCUGAGGGGACCCAGCCUGGAACCUGUUUCCUGCAGGUGACUGCCACAGAUGCUGACAGUGGCCCCUUUGGCCUCCUCUCCUAUUCCUUGGGUGCUGGACUUGGAACUUCUGGAUCUCCCCCAUUUCGCAUUGAUGCCCACAGUGGUGAUGUGUGCACCACCCGGACCCUGGAUCGUGACCAGGGCCCUUCCAGCUUUGACUUUACAGUGACAGCUGUGGAUGGGGGAGGCCUCAAGUCCAUGGUGUAUGUGAAGGUGUUUGUGUCGGAUGAGAAUGACAACCCACCUCAGUUUUAUCCACGCGAAUACGCUGCCAGUCUGAGUGUCCAGAGCUCACCAGGCACAGCUGUGCUGAGGGUGCGUGCCCACGACCCUGACCAGGGACCCCAUGGAAGACUCUCUUACCACAUCCUAGCGGGCAAUAGCCCCCCUCUCUUCACCUUGGAUGAGCACUCAGGGCUUUUGACAGUAGCCUGGCCCUUGACCAGACGGGCUAAUUCUGUGGUGCAGCUGGAGAUAGGGGCUCAGGAUGGAGGUGGCCUGAAGGCUGAACCCAGUGCCCGCGUCAACAUCAGCAUUGUGCCUGGAACGCCCACACCACCUAUAUUUGAGCAACUACAAUAUGUCUUUUCUGUGCCAGAAGAUGUGGCACCAGGCACCAGUGUGGGUAUAGUACAGGCACGCAACCCACCAGGUCGCUCUGGGCCUGUGAGCCUUACCCUAUCUGCUGGAGAUCCCCGAGGACUCUUCGCCCUAGAUUCGACCUCAGGACUGUUAAAAACACUUCGCCCUCUAGACCGAGAGCUUAUGGGACCAGUGUUGGAGCUGGAGGUGCGAGCAGGCAGUGGGGUACCCCCAGCUUAUGCCAUCGCUCGGGUGCGUGUGCUGCUGGAUGAUGUGAAUGACAACUCCCCUGCUUUCCCUGCAUCUGAAGACACUGUAUUACUGCCACCAAACACUGCUCCAGGAACUCCCAUCUACACACUGCGGGCUGUGGACCCUGACUCAGGGGUUAACAGCCGGAUCACCUUUACCCUGCUUGCUGGAGGUGAUGGAGCUUUCACCGUGGACCCCACUACAGGCCAUGUACGGCUUAUGGGACCUCUGGGGCCUCCAGGAAGGCCAGAUCAUGAGCUGGAGCUAGAAGCACGGGAUGGGGGCUCCCCACCACGCACCAGCCAUUUUCGACUUCGGGUCAUGAUACAGGACUUGGGGACCCAUGGAGUAGGUCCCCGAUUCAACAGUCCUAGCUACCGUGUGGAUCUGCCCUCAGGUACCGCCCCUGGAACUCAGGUCUUGCAAGUGCAGGCCCAGGCACCAGAUGGGAGCCCUGUCACCUAUCACCUUGCAGCAGAUGGAGCCAGAAACCCCUUUGGCCUCGAAUCACAGAGUGGGUGGCUAUGGUUACGGGCAGCACUGGACCGUGAGUCCCAGGAGUUAUAUACACUGAAGGUAAUGGCAGUAUCUGGGUCCAAAGCUGAGUUAGGGCAACAGACAAGUACAGCCACAGUGAGGGUCAGCAUCCUCAACCAAAAUGAUCACAGUCCCCGCCUGUCCGAAGAUCCCACCUUCCUGGCUGUGGCUGAGAACCAGCCCCCUGGGACCAGUGUAGGCCGGGUUUUUGCCACUGACCGAGACUCCGGACCUAAUGGACGUCUGACCUACAGCCUGCCACAGCUGUCAGAGGACAGCAAAGCCUUCCGCAUCCACCCUCAGACUGGGGAAGUGACCACACUCCACACCUUGGACCGAGAGCAGCAGAGCAGUUACCAGCUCCUGGUGCAAGUGCAGGAUGCGGGGAGCCCUCCUCGAAGCACCACAGGCACAGUGCACAUUGCAGUGCUUGACCUCAAUGACAACAGCCCCACCUUCCUGCAGGCUUCUGGGGCUGCUGGUGGGGGACUUCCUGUACAGGUACCAGACCGUGUGCCUCCAGGAACUCCAGUGACAACACUGCAGGCCAAGGAUCCGGAUGAAGGGGAGAACGGGACCGUCCUUUACAUGCUCACUGGUCCUGGCUCAGAGCUCUUCUCGCUGCACCCUCACUCUGGAGAACUGCUCACUGCAGCAUCCCUGAUCCGUGCAGAGCGGCCCCACUACGUGCUGACACUGAGUGCUCAAGAUCAAGGCAGCCCUCCUCGGAGCGCCAGCCUCCAGCUGCUGGUGCAGGUGCUUCCCUCUGCUCGCGUGGCCGAGCCACCGUCGGAUCUGGCAGAGCCUGACCCGGCAGCUCCAGUACCUGUCGUGCUGACGGUGACAGCCGCUGAGGGGCUUCAGCCGGGAUCCCUGUUGGGCUCCGUGGCGCCUCCAGAGCCACCUGGUGUGGGCGCGCUCACCUACACCCUGGUAGGUGGCGCUGACCCCGAGGGCACCUUUGCGCUGGAUGCGACCUCGGGACGCUUGUACCUGGCGCGGCCUUUGGACUUUGAGACUGGCCCUGCUUGGCGCGCGCUCACGGUGCGCGCCGAGGGGCCGGGAGGCGCGGGCGCGCGGCUGCUGCGAGUGCAGGUGCGCGUGCAGGACGAGAACGAGCACGCACCUGCCUUUGCGCGCGACCCCCUCGCGCUGGCGUUACCCGAGAACCCCGAGCCCGGCGCGGCGCUGUACACCUUCCGCGCGUCGGAUGCCGACGGCCCGGGCCCCAACAGCGAAGUGCGCUACCGUCUGCUCCGCCAGGAGCCGCCGGUGCCGGCGCUGCGUCUGGACGCGCGCACCGGGGCGCUCAGCGCUCCGCGCGGCCUGGAUCGCGAGACCACGCCCGCGCUGCUGCUGCUCGUGGAAGCCAGCGACCGGCCCAGCAAUGCCAGCCGCCGCCGCGCAGCCCGCGUUUCCGCGCGUGUCUUUGUCACGGAUGAAAAUGACAACGCACCGGUGUUCGCCUCGCCCUCCCGCGUGCGCCUCCCCGAGGACCAGCCGCCUGGGCCCACCACCCUGCACGUGGUGGCCCGAGAUCCGGACCUGGGGGAGGCGGCGCGCGUGUCCUAUCGCCUGGCAGCUGGGGGAGACGGCCACUUCCGGCUGCACGCGAGCACUGGAGCCCUGUCCGUGGUGCGGCCCUUGGACCGAGAGCAGCGAGCUGAGCAUAUACUGACCAUCGUGGCUUCAGACCACGGCUCCCCGCCUCGCUCAUCCACUCAGCUCCUGACUGUCAGCAUCGUUGAUGUCAACGAUGAGGCUCCCACUUUCCAGCAACAGGAGUACAGCGUCGUCUUGCGUGAGAACAGCACCCCUGGUACAUCGCUGCUCACCCUGCGGGCAACUGACCCUGACUUGGGGGCCAAUGGGCAAGUCACUUAUGGAGGUGUUUCUGGCGAAAGCUUCUCUCUGGACCCAAACACUGGAGUUCUCACUACUCUCCGCGCCCUGGAUCGAGAGGAACAAGAGGAGAUCAACUUAACAGUAUAUGCACGGGACAGGGGCUCACCCCCCUUGUUAACUCAUGUCACAGUACGUGUGACCGUGGAAGAUGAGAACGACCAUGCUCCAACCUUUGGGAAUGCCCACCUUUCUCUGGAAGUACCUGAGGGCCAAGACCCCCAGACUCUUACUACACUACGGGCCUCUGACCCAGAUGUAGGAGCCAAUGGGAAGUUGGAGUACCACAUCCUGGAUGGGGAUCCAUCAGGCGCCUUUACCCUAGAUGUUGCCUCUGGGGAGUUUGGCACUGUAAGGCCACUAGACCGGGAAGUGGAACCAUCAUUCCAGCUGCAGAUAGAAGCCCAGGAUGGAGGCCAGCCAGCUCUCAGUGCUACUCUGCUUGUGACAGUGACUGUACUAGAUGCCAAUGACCAUGCCCCAGCCUUCCCUGUUCCUGCCUACUCAGUGGAGGUGCCCGAAGAUGCACCUGCAGGGACACUGCUGCUGCAACUGCAGGCUCAUGAUCCUGAUGCUGGGGCCAAUGGCCGUGUGACCUAUUACCUGGGUGCAGGCACAGCAGGAGCCUUCCUGCUAGAGCCAACCUCUGGAGAACUGCGUACAGCCACAGCGCUGGACAGAGAACACCUUCCCAGCUACACCUUUUCUGUGAGUGCGGUGGAUAGUGCAGCGGCUGGGCCCCUGAGCAGCACAGUACCUGUCACCAUCACGGUACGCGAUGUCAAUGACCACGCACCCACUUUCCCUACCAGUCCUCUGCGUCUGCGCCUCCCCCGUCCAGGCCCCAGCCUCAGUACCCCAACACUGGCUCUGGCCACACUGCGAGCUGAAGAUCGUGAUGCUGGUGCCAACGCCUCCAUUCUAUACCGGCUGGCAGGCACACCACCUCCUGGCACCACCGUGGACUCUUACACAGGUGAAAUCCGGGUGACCCGCUCUCCUGUAGCUCUGGGACCCCGAGAUCGUGUCCUCUUCAUCGUGGCUACUGAUCUUGGCCGUCCAGCUCGCUCUGCCACUGGAGUGGUCAUUGUUGGACUUCAAGGGGAGCCUGAACGUGGACCCCGCUUUCCCCGAGCAAGUAGUGAAGCUGUGCUCCGUGAAAAUGCACCCCCAGGGACUUCUGUUGUCUCCCCUAAGGCUGUCCACGCAGGGGGCUCAAGUGGACCAAUCAUCUAUAGCAUUCUCAGUGGAAAUGAGAAAGGGAUAUUCUCUAUCCAGCCUAAUACAGGAGCCAUCACAGUUCGUGCAGCCGAGGGGCUGGACUUUGAGACGAGCCCGCGUCUGCGACUGGUGCUGCAGGCAGAGAGUGGAGGAGCCUUUGCCUUCUCUGUGCUGACCCUGACCCUGCAAGAUGCCAAUGACAAUGCUCCCCGUUUCCUGCGACCCCACUAUGUGGCUUUUCUGCCAGAAUCUCGGCCCUUGGAAGGGCCCGUACUGCAGGUGGAGGCAGAUGACCUGGAUCAAGGCUCUGGAGGACAGAUCUCCUAUAGUCUGGCUGCCUCCCAGCCAGCACGAGGCUUAUUCCACGUAGACCCAGCCACAGGCACGAUCACUACCACAGCUAUCCUGGAUCGGGAGAUCUGGGCUGAAACACGGCUAGUACUAAUGGCUACAGACAGAGGGAGCCCGGCCCUGGUGGGCUCAGCCACACUGACAGUGAUGGUCAUUGAUACCAAUGACAACCGUCCUACCAUCCCCCAGCCCUGGGAGCUCCGAGUGUCAGAAGAUGCAUUGUUGGGCUCAGAAAUUGCACAGGUAACAGGGAAUGAUGUGGACUCUGGUCCAGUGCUAUGGUAUGUGCUGAGCCCAUCUGGGCCCCAGGAUCCUUUCAGUAUUGGCCGCUAUGGAGGACGUGUCUCCCUCACGGGCCCCUUAGACUUUGAGCAGUGUGACCACUACCAUCUGCAGCUGCUGGCACAUGAUGGACCUCAUGAGGGCCACGCCAACCUCACGGUGCUUGUGGAGGAUGUCAAUGACAACACACCUACCUUCUCACAUAGUCUCUACCAGGUGAUGCUGCUUGAGCAUACACCACCGGGCAGUGCCAUUCUCUCUGUCUCUGCUACGGACCGAGACUCAGGUGCCAAUGGCCACAUUUCCUACCAUCUGGCUUCUCCUGUGGAGGGCUUCAGUGUUGACCCCAACAACGGAACUUUGUUCACAACAGUAGGAACAGAGGCCUUAAGCCAUGAGGGGCCAGGAGUGUUGGAUGUGGUACUGGAAGCACGAGAUCACGGAGCUCCACGCCGGGCAGCCCGAGCCACAGUACAUGUCCAGCUGCAAGACCAGAAUGACCAUGCCCCAAGCUUCACUUUGCCACACUACCGUGUGGCUGUGACUGAAGAUCUGCCCCCUGGUUCCACCCUGCUCACCCUGGAGGCCACGGAUGCUGAUGGAAGCCGCACCCAUGCCACUGUAGACUAUAGCAUCAUUAGUGGCAACAGGGGCCGGGUCUUCCAGCUGGAACCUCGGUUGGCUGAGGCUGGGGAGGGUGUUGGACCGGGUCCUCAGGCAUUGGGAUGCCUGGUACUGCUUGAGCCACUGGACUUUGAAACCCUAACGCAGUACAACCUAACCGUGGCUGCAUCUGACCGAGGGCAGCCACCCCGAAGUUCAGCUGUGUCCGUCACUGUCACUGUACUAGAUGUCAAUGACAAUCCACCUGUCUUUACCCGAGCAUCCUACCGUGUGACGGUACCUGAGGACAUGCCUGUGGGCGCUGAGCUGCUGCAUGUGGAGGCCUCUGAUGCUGACCCCGGCCCUCAUGGCCUUGUGCAUUUCACCCUCAGCUCAGGUGACCCCCUGGGGCUCUUUGAGCUGGAUGAGAGCUCAGGUGCCUUGCGACUGGCUCACCCUCUGGACUGUGAGACCCAGUCUCGACAUCAGCUCGUAGUGCAGGCUACUGACCCUGCUGGGGCACACUUUGCUUUGGCACCAGUGACAGUCGAGGUCCAGGAUGUGAAUGACCAUGGCCCAGCCUUCCCACUGAACUUGCUCAGUACCAGCCUGGCUGAGAACCAGCCUCCAGGCACUCUUGUGACCACUCUGCAUGCGAUCGAUGGGGAUGCCGGGGCUUUUGGGAAGCUCCGCUAUAGUCUGUUGGAGGCUGGGCCAGGGCCUGAGGGCCGUGAGGCGUUUGCACUGAACAGCUCCAGUGGAGAGCUGCGAGCACGAGUACCCUUUGACUAUGAGCACACAGGAAGCUUCCGACUGCUGGUGGGUGCUGCGGAUGCUGGCAAUCUCUCGGCUUCUGUCACUGUGUCAGUGCUAGUGACUGGAGAGGAUGAGUAUGAUCCCGUGUUCCUAGCUCCAGCAUUCCACUUCCAAGUGCCAGAAGGUGCCCAGCGAGGCCACAGCCUGGGCCAUGUGCAGGCCACAGAUGAGGAUGGAGGUGCUGAUGGGCUGGUGCUCUAUUCCCUUGCCUCCUCCUCUCCCUAUUUUGGUAUCAACCAGACUACAGGCGCCCUGUACCUUCGAGUGGACAGUCGGGCUCCAGGCAGUGGAACAGCCACCUCUGGGGGCGGGGGACGGGCCCGGCGUGAAACGCCACGGGAGCUAAGGCUGGAGGUAGUAGCACGGGGGCCUCUGCCCGGGUCCCGGAGUGCCACAGUGCCAGUGACUGUGGAUAUCACCCAUACUGCACUGGGACUGGCACCUGAUCUUAACCUGCUCUUGGUAGGGGCUGUGGCAGCCUCCUUGGGAGUUGUGGUGGUACUUGCACUGGCAGCUCUGGUUCUAGGGCUUGUUCGGGCCCGUAACCGCAAGGCUGAGUCAGCUCCUGGCCCAAUGUCACAGGCAGCACCCUUAGCCAGUGGCUCCCUGCAGAAGCUGGGCCGGGAACCACCCAGUCCACCACCCUCAGAACACCUGUAUCACCAGACUCUCCCUAGCUACGGGGGACCAGGAGCUGGAGGCCCUUACCCCCGUGGCGGCUCCCUGGACCCUUCACAUUCAAGCGGCCGAGGCUCCGCAGAGGCUGCAGAGGAUGAUGAGAUCCGCAUGAUCAAUGAGUUCCCGCGUGUGGCCAGUGUGGCAUCUUCCCUGGCUGCCCGUGGUCCUGACUCAGGCAUCCAGCAGGAUGCAGAUGGACUCAGUGACACAUCCUGUGAGCCACCUGCCCCUGACACCUGGUAUAAGGGCCGCAAGGCAGGGCUACUGCUGCCAGGUGCAGGAGCCACUCUGUAUCGAGAGGAGGGGACCCCAGCUACCGCCACAGCCUUUCUUGGGGGGUGUGGCCUGAGCCCCGCCCCCACUGGGGACUAUGGAUUCCCAGCAGAUGGCAAGCCGUGUGUGGCAGGUGCGCUGACGGCCAUUGUGGCUGGCGAAGAGGAGCUCCGCGGCAGCUAUAACUGGGACUACCUGCUGAGCUGGUGCCCUCAGUUCCAGCCCCUAGCCAGUGUCUUCACAGAGAUCGCUCGGCUCAAGGAUGAAGCCCGGCCCUGCCCCCCAGCUCCCCGUAUUGACCCACCACCCCUCAUCACUGCUGUGGCCCAUCCAGGAGCCAAGUCUGUGCCCCCCAAGCCUGCCAACACAGCUGUAGCCCGUGCCAUCUUCCCACCCGCCUCUCAUCGCUCCCCCAUCAGUCAUGAAGGAUCCCUGUCCUCAGCCGCCAUGUCCCCCAGCUUCUCACCCUCACUGUCUCCUCUGGCUGCUCGCUCACCCGUUGUCUCACCAUUCGGAGUGGCCCAGGGCCCUUCAGCUUCAGCACUCAGCACAGAGUCUGGUCUGGAGCCACCUGAUGACACAGAGCUACACAUCUAGCUGUGGCCCAGGCUGGGCCCCGACCUGGGAUACGCACAGUGUCCCCAAUGCAGGCCCCAUUCUGAGCCUGCCCCAGAGCAGCCUCGGACCACGACUGGCCGUGGGGAGGCCACCACCAAGCCCCAGCUCUCUACCCUAAACUCCUGUGGGGCCAGGUCCCACAUUUCACCCCAGCCUCCUCAGAGCACUAGGACCAGAGGGUCUGUUGAUCACUGGCUUGUGGCCAGGUCCAUAGUGUGGGGAGAAAUAUGAAGGAAGCGGCAGCCCUGGGUUCUCAGUGAGGACUUCCUGCCCUGCACCAGCACCCUGUAAUGGAGCUGAACUUUAUUUAUUGGGGGCCAGGGGGGAUGGAAGAGGCCCCUCCAAACUCUUUGGACCCUACUCCCUUGGGUCCUGCCCCUGCCCAGAACAAGUGCCAAUUCUCACUCUGGAGCCUUAAUAAACUGCAGUUUGUAUCCAG